UGGAGGCAGGUUGCACUGGCAGGCGGUGACAGUUUUCACUCUCACUUUUGCAAAAUUCCAGCUAAUGUGGCAACGUUAAGUCUUGCCGAUUGAGUAAUUUUGGCAAUAUCCUUAUACCGAAGUCUGCUGUUUCUUAUAGGAAAAAAAUAAGCCUGUUUUUUGGAUUAGGAAGCCUCACGUCCACGACCACAGCUCUCAAGAUAAGAUGGCACAGAAGAAGAAUCAGGAACCUCUUAAGGACAAGUUCAAGGCAUUGGACCUUCAGGAGAAAGAGUCCAACUGCUUUAAAUACCAAUAUGGCCAAGAAAGAUCUAUACAUGAAGUCUACUGUCCGAUUCCUUGCACCGUGUUAGAGGGACUCGGUGAAACAAUGACAUCUCAAACAAAACAAAAUGAAGAACUUGUUAUUAAGAGACAGGGAUUAAAGAAUGCAAUGAUAGCAACACAUUUCCCCAGCCAUCUGAUUGACAAGGGGGAGAUGCUCAAGAUAUUGACAGUUUCCAAGACCGAGGAGACUGCCGCUAAAACCCGUCCGCAGAUUCAUCCAAAGGAAAAGUAUGUCACAUUCCUCAUCGAUACAGAAGGUGGCAAAAACGCAUCAAGCAAACAGUUGCUGAAGAAUCCAAAGCUUAAAAAACACGGUCCCUUGUGCGUUUACGGACUGAGGGGGGAGAAACUGAGGGAGGCGUUGACUAGAGAUGGCCGCUUUAUGGCCAUUGUGAUGACGGAAAAGUGCAAACUUGUGGACAAAGAUAAUGUUAACAUCUUGACAAGGCAACUGGUGGACCGCCUGGAUGGCCGACACUUCCAGAUCACCCUGGACAGAAAGAAGACUGAAGGAAACAAUGGGGAUGGUUGUUCUGAAAACCCCGGAAUAAUACCGGUACAAGACACCUCUCAAAGCAAUGGACCAGAUGAGGAGAACACAGAUGAUGAUUUACUCAAACCUCAGAUGUGUCUGAAAAAUGAGGAGUUUGGCAAGAUCAGACAGUCAUUUUCAGAAGUCUUCAGGCUGCAAGACUUGAUCAACUCAGGCAAAUCGGUAUGCAAAGUUGAUGUUGGCGGAGCAGUGUGUGGUACUGGCUUUGUGCUGUUUCAUAACUAUGUCUUGACCAAUGCACAUUUAUUUGAAAACCCAUGUGCACAGUCUAAAAUGCAAUUGUCUGUUAAAGUGAAAUGCAUCUUCAACUAUGUUCAUCCAACUGGAGGAGAUGUGUUUGAGAUUAAUGCUAAAAAAGAGCUCAUAGACCACCAGCACAAUCCAGAUCCGAGUAAACGUGCUCUGGACUACGCCAUACUGGAGCUAGACCUGAAGACCCUGAAGCCUAAUAAUAGGAAGCUUCCACCAGGUCUGCUCUGUAAAUACGGCCCAGUGCCACAUACAGGGGAGACCUGUCUCGUCGGACACCCCGGCGGAGGGGUGCAGCGACUGGAUCCCACAUGGAUCAUUCCUCGGGACAACAGAAAGUCUAUGGAGUCUGUAUUGAUGAUCAAAGUGAACAACGACCUCGUGACUUACGACACCUGCUUCUUUCACGGUUCAUCUGGCUCCCCGGUGUUUGAUGCUUUUGGUAGGGUGUUCGGCUUGCACACGGCCGGCAUUACAUACGAGACUCCGAAAACCAGCUACAAUGUCAUGGAGUAUGCCCACUCCUUGGAAGACAUCCUGGAGAGCUUCGUGAGGCGUUUGAAGGAAGACGGUAGCGAGGAACUUUUGGGUCAAGUAGAGGAAGUGGUGCGAAAUGACGUGUUUCUCCACCAGCUCCUUUUCUGGCCUCGACCAUCGGAUGAUGAACCUGUACCAAUGCAAAUCUGAACAGUCUGGGCGCGCUGGACUGAGAAGAAAAGUAAACGCAACAUUCCACAAUUCCACAAAAUAUUUGAUUGGUUUUAUAAUUAACGUAAAAUACUAGUCAAGGAAAACAAUUAGGCCCCACCCUGUGGAUUGUGAAUAAAAUCCAUGGAAUCAUUUGAGCUCUUGGAAUUCUCAGCGAGAUGGUAGCUCCUGCAAUUACUAUGACAAGAGGCCAUGUACAGUUUAUUAUUCAAAGGUUCAUUUGGAUAAAUAUGGGAACAAUGUUUUACCGUAGUGCAGUCUAAUCUGUUUAGUUUUGUUUUCAAAUCAGUUUUAGGAUAAGGACCAAUCAAACAGCAUUUCUAAAUGGCUUAAUCUACUUAUCUCUAUUUCUCUCACUCUCUCUCAUAUAUUUAUAUGUGUGUGUGUGUAUACACACAUUCAGAACUACCACGUUUUUUUAUGUGAAGAAGGACCUAGUUUCUUUGAUCCAUCUCUGGCCAAUCCAAUAUUGAGCGGAAUCAGUCCCAAAGGCCAAAUAGGGUUGACAUACUUUAAACCAAUGGUGAGUUCAUGCCAAAAGUGUCUUCAUGAGGCAUAACUAUGUAUGCCAACGCCUUCAUCUGACAUGCCAUAUAUUUUGCUAACUACUUUAUAGAGUAAUAGUUCUGAUUUGUACACAGCAAGACCCAUAGGCAACUCGUAUUUUGUUUCAAUAACAUAAGUCAAUUUUAAAUAUAAACCAAGCUGUUUAUCUUUUCAAUAAUACAGUACAGUUUUUGCAGUAGUAUAAAUGGUGUACAGGGAUGUUGUUGGGUUCCAAACUGAUAUCAGACGUUAUAGUUGAUUACAAGUUGAAUAAUAAGAUGAUGUGAAGCGAUGUAAGAGCCAUGCCUUACAAUGACAUCAGAGAUUCCAUGGUUUAUUAUGCAAUUCCAUUGGAACAUCUGUUGAAGUUGAACACUGUACCACUUUCACUGUCGUUUUUAAUAGUCUGUUU